AGGUUUUCUAUCAGAUGUUCCACCGUAAGAAUGCUGGAGUUAAGAAGUCUCUGUUCCUUUGCUCCAAACCAGAAGACUUCGUUGCCUGCAUAUAGAGUAGGAGUAAUGUUGGUUAGAAACGGGCUGGUGUUGAAAACGGAAGGUUGUCAUGACUAUUUAACUCUAUGCUGAAGUGCGAUUAAUUGUCUUGGAAAUACUUAGUUGGACACUAGUGUGGUUCUUAAAAGCAUGAACUUUGAAGUCAAGCAGACCUGAGUCAAAAUUCCAGCUCUGCCAUUUAACUAAUACUUAACCAACCUAUCUAAUACUUAAGCACUAGUUUACAUAUCUUUAAGGGUAACCUAAAUUUGUUUUGGAACCAUGAAAAUUUUGCUGGUUUUUGACUUUGACAAUACAAUCAUAGAUGACAAUAGUGACACCUGGAUUGUACAAUGUGCCCCAGAGAAAAAGCUUCCUAAUGAACUACAGGAUUCUUACAAAAAAGGAUUUUGGACAGAAUUUAUGGGCAGAGUCUUUAAGUAUUUGGGAGAGGAAGGGGUAAGAGAAGAUGAAAUGAAAAGAACAAUGACAUCAAUGCCUUUCACUCCAGGGAUGGUGGAACUUUUAAACUUUAUAAGAAAGAACAAGGACAAAUUUGAUUGCAUCAUUAUUUCAGAUUCAAAUUCUGUCUUCAUUGAUUGGGUUUUAGAAGCUACCAAUUUUCAUGAUGUGUUUGAUAAAGUGUUUACAAAUCCAGCAGCUUUUGAUGGCAGUGGUCAUCUCACUGUGGAAAAUUAUCACGCUCAUUCUUGCAAUAGGUGCCCCAAAAACCUUUGCAAAAAUGUAGUUUUGGUAGAAUUUGUAGAUAAACAGUUACAACAAGGAGUGAAUUAUACACAGAUUGUUUAUAUAGGUGAUGGUGGGAAUGAUCUUUGCCCAAUAACCUUUUUAAAGAAAAAUGAUGUUGCCAUGCCACGGAAAGGAUAUACUUUACAGAAAACUCUUUCCAGAAUGUCUCAAAAUCUUGAGCCUAUGGAAUCUUGUGUUGUAGUUUGGUCUUCGGGUGUUGAAAUAAUUUCUCAUUUGCAAGUUCUAAUAAAGGAGUAAUAUGCCAACAAUU